UGUGUGAAACGAAAAAAUCAGAAGCAAUUGCAGUGAAUUUUCAUUAUUUUUCUAUAGGAAAACACGAGAAAUUGUGAUGCAUACAUUUACCGAAACAGGCACUGGUGUUCCGGCUUUCCUUGCAAAGCUCUGGCGACUUGUAGAAGAUCCAGAAACGAACGAUUUAAUCUCUUGGAGUUCGGAUGGAAGAAGCUUCAUCAUACAGAAUCAGGCGCAGUUUGCAAAAGAGCUGUUACCACUCAACUAUAAGCAUAAUAACAUGGCAAGUUUCAUAAGGCAAUUGAACAUGUAUGGUUUCCACAAAAUCACCUCAAUCGACAACGGUGGUCUGCGAUUCGAUAAAGACGAAAUGGAGUUUACACAUCCUUGUUUUCAAAAAGAUCAUCCCUAUCUAUUGGAACACAUAAAACGGAAAAUUGCGACCUCCAAGCAGCAACCGGAUGACAAAGGUGGCCUCAAGGUAGAAGCGAUGAAUCGAGUUUUGACCGAGAUGAAGCAAAUGCGUGGCCGGCAGGAAACCUUAGAUUCACGCUUCUCUUCAAUGAAGCAAGAAAAUGAGGCUCUGUGGAGAGAAAUUGCAAUACUACGACAAAAGCACUUGAAACAACAGCAGAUUGUAAACAAGCUAAUCCAAUUCCUAGUUACGAUCGUACAGCCAUCUCGCAGUGGGCUUGGAUCAAUGGGAAACGGGAGCAACAAGCGUCGCUUCCAAUUGAUGAUCAACGAUGCACCUCAAUCAAAGCUCAAGAAAACCGAAGGAAAUGAAGGUGCUACUAUCCAGGAACUAGGUGAAGCCCUAGAGGAAGUGGCGUAUGAAAAUGAACAGGAAUUAUUGUCGCAGGAAAAAGAAAAAUCUACUACUAGUGGUACUAUGAAAAUGGAAAAACCUCAAAAGUCGAAGAGUUCUACCAGCACAACUGAAAUACCAGAAGUUACUUCUCCAAUUUCUAUGGCGACACAGCAGUCGCCAUAUCAUUCUGGCAACGGUAACGAAAUAAUUGAAGAAGCAGUCAGUCCCAUGUCCGUUUACAACUCUCAUUUCGGGACAGCCAAUAUUAAACAAGAAAGUUUCGAUCACUCAGUAGGGAUUACAGAAAGUGCUCACAAGACAGUCAGUGACGUAACUGACGACGGUGAGAAUGUAGAAGAAUAUGACGAUGAAGCUUAUCUCGUUGAUCACGUUGAUGAGAUCAAUUCGAACAGUAUGCAAUAUUUUGAUGACACCGAUAUGCUGAACACUCCGAUGGUCUUAAGAGAAAUGCAAAAGCAAGAACAGUUGAAGCAACAACAGACAAUGCAGCAACAGAAGGCAGUUAAUAAGGGAGAAAGUUUGCUCAAGAAUAAGAAGAAUGGAAUUGCCAGUAAAGAUCAGCAAAGCCUGCUCACUAGUAAUAAAUCGAUCCAUUCCACAAUGACAAAUAAUAGCAACGAUGUUACAAAAUCUGGCAAAAAAGUUAUUUCUUCGGCUAAACAAGCGCCUGUGAAGUCUGCUGUGAACUUGAACGCUGGACCAUCAGGAACAAAUAGCUUUGCUAGUACUGUAAAGCCUUCUACUUUGUCUAUGGGUUAUGGAGUGGAAGAUUUCAAUGUUGACGAGAUGCCAGCAGACAUAUUCGAUGACGAUAGUCACGUGCAAAAAGAAUCUCCAAUGCUUGGAGCAUUUAACUUCGAAGGAGGAUUUUACAACCCGAACGUUAACAUCAACGAAAUAAAGGGAAAACAAAUGCUUCCACAACCGCAACCACAAUUACAGCAACAACAGCAACAUAUUCAACAAAAUGUUUCAAAUCCAGUAGCCCAUUUGGACGAACAGGAAGAUGAUUCAUCAAAUAACGGUGCAAUGGCUAAAUUUGUCAGCAGCGGGGCGGAUAUCAACAAACUCAAUUCAAUGACUGAUUUCGGUCAACACUUUGAAACCGUCCAGACAGACUUGGAUUCAUUGAAGGAUCUCCUUAAAGGCGAUGGUUAUCAGCUCGAUGCUAACACGUUGCUUGGGGCGGCAGGUGGAAGUGGACCACAGUACGGCAGAGUUUACUUUACACCAACUUCCUUCGAUGCCGAUGCUUUCAAUAAGCUUUUCAACUCCAAUGAUGAUAUUAUGGGAAUGGAUUUACCAAUGAAUUUGCCUGAAAUGGCUGAGUCGCAACGAAAAGCUGCCGUCGAUGGGGCUAUUACGACACAAGUUUCCAACAGUAAUGAUACCAACAAUGUAACCGGUCAUCUGUCACCAACCCCAUCGACUGAGUCAUCGAAUCAGCUAAUGACCUAUAAGCUUGGUUCGGGAACUAACAAUGCUUGCGAUUAUAUUGACCUGAACGAAUUGUUGAACUUUGAUGACAGUAACGAUGGACAGUCGACCUUAACUUAGGUUAAAAAUCUCAACAUCUUUUGUUAUUUUGUUACGAAAUUUUGUCCAGGGUAAACGAUCAACCAACCGUUUAUUUGAUCAAACUAAUAUUUUCAAAAUAUAAAGAGAGCUAGAUACAAGCAGCAGUCUUGCUGCAGCCUCCACGGCCCAAAGGUGAUACAUAUUCACGUUGGGAUAUUUGAAAGAGUUCACUCUGUCUGAAUAUUUUGUUUUGUUUCCAUAGCUAAUAUACCACUGGUGGAUUGGGCAGGAUUUAGUGCCUGUUGAACAUAAUAAAACUAGUUUUCUAAAAACUCUAAAAGAAGUCAUACACAGUACUUUGGCUGCAGAAGGUUAUUGCUUGCAGAAUGCCUAUAGAUACGAAUCAAAUUUGGCAUAGUUUCGCGGUGGAAUGUAUGUUUUGCGGUUGGGAGAAACGAUGGUUUUUUGAAUAAAAGUGACGUAUCAAAUUUGCAUAGCAUGCAAUAGAAAAAAAAUAUACAUAUGUUAUUCCAACCUUUUUAGAAGGACGAAAUCUGUAAAUCUUGGAUAUAAAUUAUAAACUAGCAACAAACUGAAUAGUGAAUGUUUACCACAGUAUCCAGUUUAUUUAGAUUAUUAAAAAAAUAAUUCAGUUUGUUAGAAACAAUACACGUUUAAAAAAACAAUUAAAUGUUGUACCUGACUACCGGCACACUGUAGCAAAGAAUGCAUAUUUCUUUUUGUAGAAUUUGAGUUUAUUUUAAAGAAAUUGCUGCAUAAAGAAUUACAUUUAUCUUCAUCGUAAUUUGAAUAGAGUUCUACCAUUUAUUUCCAUAGAUUUAUUGUUGAACCGUGGAACAUUCACUUGCUAACGAAUCAGGUAUAAAAUCGUCUUGAAAUUGUUUGUGCGCCUAAUAAAAAUACACAUAUAAUCUGUUUGCUAAUAAA